GGGAAAGAAGGAGAUUGUUAUUUCUAUCAUCUGCUUCAGCAAUGGACAUCAGUCCAACCUGUGCGUUGAUCUUGAGUGGAAAAACGGCGGCUGACAAUGAAACUGCCAAAUUACUCAAGAGGAAUGACACUUCGAAACUCCCUGACGAUACUGAAAUUUCGGUUUUCUUGCAUUCAGAAAGGGAUGAAUUCCUGGAGGAAAAUGGGUUUCGAAUUGAUUCGUAUUUGAAUGCUCUUUCUACCAAUACUUUUGGUAGAUCUUCUACUCAGGAUAUCAUUUCUCACAACUUCAGCGACGUUCCCCUGGGUACGGUCUGUGUGGCUGAUGUUCAGUUCAAGGGAAGAGGUCGAUCGAAGAAUUUGUGGGAAUCUCCCCCUGGUUGCCUUAUGUUUUCCUUUACUAUUCAAAUGGAAGAUGGGCGUAUUAUUCCUCUAUUACAAUAUGUAAUAUCUCUUGCUAUUACUGAGGCCAUUAAAGAUCUUUGCGACAAAGAGGGUUUACCCUCUAUUGAUUUGAAAAUAAAGUGGCCAAAUGAUCUUUACGUGAAUGGCCUUAAAGUUGGAGGCAUUUUGUGCACUUCAACAUAUAGAUCGAAGAAGUUUAAUGUUACUGCUGGUAUAGGUUUGAAUGUAGACAAUAACAAACCAUCAACGUGCUUGAAUGAAGCUCUUACAAAUUUAUCCAGUACACCUUACAGGUUCAGAAAAGAGGAUAUCUUAGCAUUCUUCUUUAACAAGUUUGAAAGAUUGUACGAUAUUUUCAUAAAUCAAGGGUUUCGGGCUCUCGAGGAACUCUACUAUCAGACAUGGUUGCACAGUGGGCAAAGAGUUAUUGUACAGGAAAAGAAAGAUGAUCAAGAAGUGGAAAAUGUUGUCACUAUUCAGGGGUUGACAUCUUCAGGAUAUUUGCUAGCUAUUGGAGAUGACAGCCAAAUGUGCGAGCUUCAUCCAGAUGGGAAUAGAAGGUGUUGUGUUGUGAUGGUGAAACGGAUGCAGCUUAUUUGAACUUUACAACUGUGAAUUGAGUGAAAAAGAAACAGAAGGGCAAAAGAUUCUUGUGGCGAGGCGCCAUGUCAGACCCAGAAACUGCUACAUGGCAGGUCAAUUUCGAGCUGGUUAGGGUGUUUGUUUGGUAGUGUAAGCAUUAAAAUAAUGGCGUUAACAACACGAAAUGAUCAGAUACUGACUCAGUAGAAACUUGACGAAACUUUGAGAUGACCCAUGUCUAAAAAAGGCAGGUUUGUAGAGUUUUGGGAGGCUGGGGGCCAUGGAAGGACAGAGUUGGCGGUGGGGAGGUGUCCUGAUGUGUGGAGUUGAGGUAAACAAAAGCUGCAAAAGGGGGAAGCCAGCAGCAACUGUGAAACUGGGCUUAUGUUGAGUUUAUGAUGAUGAUGAUGAUGCAGUGGCAAGUAAAAUUCCCUGUUCUGAGUUGCCGCUGUUUCAGCCUUUUGUCUCUCUCUUCGGCUCUGUCUUAUAAUAUCAUCAACUCACCCUCAAUGAUGCGGUAGGUGUCUGGUAUCCUUAUGAUUUAUGAUGUCGCUUCCUUAACACAAAAAUCCAUUACUUCUCUGUCUUGUCGUUUUGGAGGUUUCUAUUGGUAUGCCGUUCAUUGCAAUGUUGUAGUCAUGAUCAUAAUAAGGUAUUGUUGCAACGUAUUGUCAAUUUUUAUUAUGGCUUU